CUGUUCUCUCUCGCCGAUCCGAUCCCAACUCCAAACCCCGGUUCGCUCUCCUCCCAAGCCCUAAACCCUAAUCCCUCUUCCUUUCAUUUCGCCCUGAAUCACGAUCUGAUAACGAAGAUGCUGGGGAUUAUAAGGCAAAAAGUGGGAGCUGCAACCUCGUCUGCUACGAUGCUAGGGCAGUUGCAGAGGAUCCGCCCCGCCAUUUCGGCUUUGAGAGGCUUCUCAUCUUCUGCUAAAGAGCAAAUGACUGUGCGUGAUGCUCUGAACUCUGCUCUCGAUGAGGAAAUGUCUGCCGAUCCCAAAGUGUUCUUGAUGGGUGAAGAGGUUGGGGAGUAUCAAGGUGCUUACAAGAUCACCAAAGGACUUCUGGAUAAGUAUGGCCCUGAGAGGGUUCUCGAUACCCCAAUCACUGAGGCUGGAUUUACGGGAAUCGGAGUUGGUGCUGCUUACUAUGGUCUGAAACCUGUUGUAGAGUUCAUGACCUUCAACUUCUCAAUGCAGGCAAUUGACCAUAUCAUCAAUUCUGCUGCAAAAUCUAAUUACAUGUCUGCUGGUCAAAUCAAUGUGCCCAUAGUCUUUCGAGGUCCUAACGGUGCUGCUGCUGGUGUCGGUGCCCAACACUCUCAAUGUUAUGCAGCAUGGUUUGCUUCCGUCCCUGGGUUGAAAGUUCUGGCCCCUUAUUCAGCUGAAGAUGCUCGUGGACUUCUAAAAGCUGCCAUUAGGGACCCAGAUCCCGUUGUUUUUCUUGAAAAUGAGAUUCUAUAUGGUGAAUCGUUUCCUGUUUCUGCUGAAGUUCUUGAUUCCAGUUUCUGCCUUCCAAUAGGAAAGGCUAAGAUCGAGAGAGAAGGCAAGGAUAUCACCAUUACAGCUUUUUCAAAAAUGGUCGGAUAUGCGCUACAGGCUGCUGAGAUUCUCGCUAAAGAUGGAAUUAGUGCUGAGGUCAUAAACUUGCGGUCAAUUCGUCCUCUGGACAGGGCCACCAUCAAUGCUUCAGUCAGGAAAACCAACAGACUUUUAACAGUUGAAGAAGGAUUUCCUCAGCAUGGUGUUGGUGCUGAAAUCUGCGCAUCUGUUGUUGAGGAAAGCUUUGGUUAUCUUGAUGCGCCUGUCGAGAGGAUUGCUGGGGCUGAUGUUCCCAUGCCUUAUGCAGCCAAUUUGGAGAGAUUGGCUGUUCCUCAGGUUGAAAAUAUUGUUCAAGCUGCAAAGAGAGCAUGCUAUAGAGCUGUGCCAUUGGCUGCAAACGCUUAGUUUUCCCCUUGAAUGCCGAAACUUCCCAGGAAUGAGGAGAUAUAGAGAUUGUACAUUAUUUCUCUUCUCAUCCUGUGUGGAGAGAAACUGCUUGUCAAAUAACUGUGAGGUCCAUCCUCUGUGCGGAGGAACUGCUCAGUGAAAUAACUCGGAGGACAUUGACAAGAGCGAGGAACUUUUUUGUUUGACUCUGUUUUGUUGUUUAUAUUUUUGGCUGUCAACGUUAAAACCUAUUGGGUUUAUGAAAGCCAUUUUCAGGGUAUCUACUGGAAACCACAAAUUUUAUUCCAGAGGUUUAUGGUGCUGCUCCA